AUGGAGCGUCCCACAACCGGAAGGAGCCUUCCUCGAUGUUGCUGUGGAUCUCAGAAUUGCGCCUUCCUCGCCCACAACAGCAGCCUUCUGGAAGGCCUAGAACGCGAUGUCCACAAGGCCGCUCAGCUCGGCCAGGCCCUCCUUGUGCGCCAUGAAGCCUAUGUUGCUGACUCGGAGCGGGAGCGUCGCCAGAUGACGGCCACGAUUGAGAGUCUGGAGAAGGAGAAGUUUGAGCUGGAGCAGCGGAACGCGCAGACCAUCAAGGCCAACCGCGACCUCCUCGACCAGCUGGAGCAGCUCAACGACGCCGUCGUGCAAUCUGACGCCGAGGUCAGAGCCCUCACAGACACUCUGCAUUCGACCGAGGAGGAAAUACAACGCCUCUCGUCGCUCGCCGCACGCACGCAGUCGCUGGAAGCCCAGCUGAUAGACCUCGAACGAGAGCAGGCGCACCUCCAGGGGGCACUGGACAGCAAGAUUGGCGACGAGCGCACGGCAAUGCAGAGGUGGAGGCGGGCCGAGAAGACUAUCGGGGACCUCCAGGACCAGAUGGACCGCAUUGAACAGGAGGCACGCCACGAACGCGAACGGCACGAGGAGAUUGUGUCUCGCAUGGAGAGACGCAUGGCGGUGGGCGGAGAACUGGCAACGGCAGCAGGCCGGCUGAAGGCAAAGGCAGGCCAGGACCAGGCCGGCAGCCCUGUUGUGUCGCACUUCGUCAAAGACAUGCUCCUGGACAACGCUAACCUUCAACACGGCAUAUUGGAGCUCCGCGAGAUGCUGAUGAACUCGAACGAGGAAGUCGAGCGUCUCCGGGAGCAGCUGCGCGCUCAUCAGCCAGUGCCGCCCGCUGAAGGGGUGUCGACCCCGACUCCGACGCUGCAGAGAGAGCUAGCCGCAGAGCCACUUCCAAACCAGGAGUUGCACAUCCACCAUCACUACCACGGCCCCCCAAGAAAAGACGGUUCCAAGAACGAGCCACAUCGCCGUGUCAGGAAGAAGCGCUACGGUAUCACUCCAGGAUAUUUCACGCCUCCUGUUCCCCAAUCGCCAUCCCCCUCCACAGCCAUACUGGCACAAACGACUGCCACCGUGCCUCCGAACUCGAAUCGUUGGUCAAAUGCCACAACGCUUGCUCCAUCCUCACUCCCUGCAUCCCCCCUCUCCGUGUCCCACCGCGGAUCUUCCAUCUAUGACCGCGUCUUCAGCGAUGUUGCAUAUGACUCUUCGCGUCCAACAAGCCCAUCGGAGAGCAUUGACCCUUCAUCACCCAUGUUCAGGCCCCUAGAUGCUCAAGACGACGUACCCUACAAACCAAAGCGAGGCUCACACAGCCUGAAACCUCCGAGCCUAUCGACGAUCCGCAGCGCCUCGACUCCGAUAUCCUUGACGACUAAAUCUAGUCCAGCAACCGCCAUAAUUUCAGCUCCCAGUCCGCAGAAUUCUCUCACCAGUGAUAUCUUCAUGCUUUCUCCAGCCCUGGCUUCGACUAUACCAGAGGAGAAUGAGAAUACUUCAACACCGAAACCCCAGUCCCUUACCUCGCCACCCUUCUCCACCACUGUGGACGACGGCGAGCUCUUCUCUCCUACAACUCAGAUCCGCCCCUCAGUCCGCCGAGCCGCCUCUCAUGAGUCCCUUAUUUCCAUAUCUGGCAUGGAUAUUCAUACCCUGCAAUCAAGACCCUCACAACUCCUUUUGUCAUCUUCUCCUCGUUUUGCCUCUCCUUCAUCUGGAACAUCGAGUCAUCCUGUCUUGACUCCAUGGACUGCAACAGCUACUGUAAGCAUGUCAAGACGAAAUCUUGACAGUAGUACUUUCAACCGCUCAUUACUGUACGGCUCCGUCAUCAAUCAGAAGCGAGGGAUAAAUAAUCCAACAAAGAAGCACUCCUCUGAUACCCUCGGCAAAACAAUUGGAGGCUGGGUCUUUGGUAAAUGGGGUACUACUCCAAGUCCGAGCUCUUCCGAUGCCAUUACCUCUGCAAAUCUGCCAGCUCCCUCCAGUGGAGGCGAUAAGAAAGGUAAAGGGGGCGAAACAGCGAGCACGCCACUUUCUAGCCCAGCUACUAUCAAACGUCCAGAUGCGUCCACGCUGGCUAAAGAUGGCAUCCCUGUUCGUCUCCGUCCGGCAGGCGUCAAUCAGUCAGGCCCCAUCUGGGGCUUCUUUGAUGCUAUUCCGCCAACCCCCGAACAAGUCAUGGUGAAAAGCUUGGACGAGGAGGCUCUGAAGAAUGCGUUGACAGAGACAGAGAGCUAA